AUGGAUGCGAAAACAACCCAGAAGGUUGAUCAGUUUGUAAAAAGCAAAAAUAUGAUAAAAAUAUACGCAAAUCUUGUUACUAAACAUCAUAAGCGUGGUGGUAAAGCUCCACGUAUUAUGAUAUUUUGUGAAAACUUUUUAUAUGUCCUUACAAAAGGAGUUAAAGAAAAACACAAUUAUCCAUGGUAUUUACUUACAGAAAUUCAAGUUGAAGCUGAUACUGUUUUACUAUUAUUUUCUAAUGACACACAAUUCAAAUUCGAAUCACCAGAAGCCAAGCGUGCUGAAGAGCUAAUCGUAUAUCACAUUCAUAGAAUACUUAGCGAGGAAGAGUUUAAAGCAAUUAAAAUACCAAAUGUUCCUUCAUCAUUACCUCCGCACUCAGGAGUUUCAAUGGUGUGGCGUUUAUCAUAUUUCAUUCACACUCUUAUACCAAAUUCAUCAUUAAAUGAUUAUAAUUAUAUCAUUAAAGAUGUAAUUACAAGUUCAAAAACAUUAGAUUUAUCAGAUUUACCACCAUCACAAGAGGCUUACCAAGCAGUAUUAACCGCACUCAAAUUAGAAUAUACAUUCAAAACUAUUACUUUCAGAAAAAUCAAAGAAUUCGAUGUUUUCGAUAUUAUUGCAAAAUAUUACGAUUUCCAAAUUGCUGACAAGCUUUGUUUCAUUGGCAUCCAUACUGGUGAAGGUUUCAAGAACUUUCUCGCUGCUCUGAAAAAAGCAAAGAAGUGUAAUUUAGUUGCAUUAUCUUUUACAGGCAUUGGCUUUACAAACGAUGAAGUUGAUGUUAUCAUGCAUGUUGCUCGUGUCAAGAGCCUUACUUCCCUUAUCUUUGAUCAUUGUUUGACGAAAGAUACUUUUGAUCAUUUCCAAGAAAACAGUGAUCUUCCAAGUUUGCGUUAUUUGUCACUAGAAAAUAACGCUUUCUUCAAUGUAUCAUUUAUUUUGCCUAAACUCAAGAAUCUUUACGCAUUAUCUCUGUGUAAUUGCGGAAAAUCUCUUGGAGACAUCUUUGAAGCCAUUUCUCAGGCAGAUCUCCCUAAUUUAAGAGGUCUUAAUGUAUCUAUGAACUUUGGAACACAGAUAAAUGGUAAGAAAAUCCAAUUUCCUCCAAAACUUUCAAAUUUAAGUGCAGACAAUAUCAAAUGGAAAAUUGAUGAUUUAAUUUCAUUCUUUGGAACAGUAACUAACCAUGCUUCUUCAAUAAGCCUCAAGAGAUUCGUUUGCUCGUUCUCAAACGCUAAACUCGAGCAAAAUGAUUGGCCUAGAUUUAACAAAUUUAUUCAAAACAGAGAAGCAACGAAUUUGCAGAAUUUCAGGUGGGAUGAAAACCCUGUUUCUCCUGAAUUGUUCAUGUUCUUGAAGAACUCAGGUAAUGUCAGAUAUAUAUCAAUGAAUGGAUGCAUUGAUGACAGCAAUUACCAAGAUUUGGUUGAUUUUGUUAAAUCAAAUGAAGAAAUUGAGAAUAUUUUAAUUCGUGGAAACAAAAACAAGCAAAUCACUGAUGUUCUUCCAUUAUGUAACAGUCUCCAGACAGCUCCCAACUUCCUCUUCCUAGAUUAUACAUACAACAAAGUAGAAGACAGACAAUUAAACACUUUACUCACUGCUGUUUCCAGAUGCCCGAAAUUGGAAGGCAUUGCUAUUGACAACACAAAUGUUACAUCAUGUGAAAAGUAUAUCAAUGCAAUACAACCACUCAAAGACUUAGGAAGACCAAUAAGUUUCAGUAUCCCAUUCAAUGACAUUUCAAGAAUGAAUGGUGAUCCAAAAAUCACUGAAUUAAGACAAUUAAUUCAUGAUUUAGGUUGUCCACCAAGAAAAUCAGAAUGGCCAGAUGAUCCAAUUGUUUCUUCAUAUUAUUUCGUUGCUAAUGACUUCUUCCCACCAUAUCUUUCAAGAUCAGCUGUCGAAAUGAUCAGAAGAGAAGAUGAAAAUGAAUCUUCUUCAGAUAAUGAGCAUUCUGAUGAUGAAAGGAAGUCGACUCUUUUGGUUGAUGAAGUCUCUCUUCCAUCUAUUGUUGUUUCAAGAGAAAUUUCUCUUGUUAAUGACAAACCAAGGAAAUCUGGCGGAAGAGUAAAGUCAAGAGGUUUGAGAAAUGGAAGUCUUCAAGAAUUCCCGCUAAAUACUAAUGAAAGUAGUGAAAAAGAACCUCCGAAAUAUGAGAAGCCAAGAAGUCCUAAACGACAACAACAACUUGUAAUAAACAAGCCUAAAGUUAGUUGGGAUUUCCCAUUAAGAUAUGUUCCUGAUAUUGACAACACCGAGUUAUUGCAGCAAACUGAUCAGCAAUAUUCUUUUGUUCAGAUUGUCAAGGAUCUUCAUUGA